ACCUGUCAGUUAUCACGAAACAUCGCAACAGAGGUAAACACGUGAAAUGUUUACUUGCACUCAAAAUACCGCGGUCAAAUAAAUUUAAUUAAGAUGAUUGUGACCGGAAAUCAGUUCAAAUAUCUGGAUUUAUAAAAUCACGGAAUUUAUAUAAAACACGACAUAAGGUUGGCAACAUUCAAAGAGAAUACACAAGCAUGCCUGGAGAUAGUGUGAAGGUUGCUGUUCGCGUAAGACCAUUUAAUCAGAGAGAGAAAAAUGCAGGGUCAAAGUGCAUCAUAUCAAUGUCUGGACAAACAACAACCAUCAAAAACCCAGAGAAUAACGAGACAAAGGUAUUCUCUUUUGACCAUUCUUACUGGUCACAUACUGAUUUUGACGAGAAUGAACUUGGACUUAAUGUUGCAAAAGCAGGAUCUAACUACAGUGAUCAGAGACAAGUAUAUAAUGACCUUGGUAAAGGUGUGUUAGACAAUGCCUGGCAAGGUUAUAAUGCUGCCUUGUUUGCCUAUGGGCAGACAGGAUCAGGCAAGAGUUACUCUAUGAUAGGAUAUGGAUCAAAUAAAGGCAUUGUACCGAUCUUAUGUGAGGAGCUGUUCAAAGCUGCUGAACAAAAUGAUGAUAAAAGUAAACAAUUACAGGUUUCAUUUAGUAUGCUAGAAAUCUACAACGAACAAGUCAGAGAUCUACUGGUCAAAGCUAAACCUCAACAGGGUGGAUUGAAAAUCAGACAAAAUCCUCAGAGUGGAUUCUAUGUUGAAGGACUUAGGCUUGUACCUGUUCGUAAUUAUAAGGAAAUAGAAAAUUUAAUGGAACAGGGAACAGUUAACAGGACAACUGCAUCAACAAACAUGAAUGCCACCAGUAGCCGAUCACAUAUGGUUAUCACCAUUAGAUUUGCACAGGUGUUCCAAACAGAUGGAGGAAGUAACACCAGAAGUAGUGAUAUUAAUCUGGUGGAUUUGGCUGGAAGUGAGAGAGCAGACUCAACAGGAGCAACAGGGGACCGUCUCAAAGAGGGUUCUGCUAUAAACCAGAGUUUGUCAACCUUAGGAAAUGUUAUUAGUGCUUUAGCUGAUCUUGCCAUGGGAAAGAAGAAAGUACUGGUUCCCUAUAGAGAUUCAGUGCUUACAAAGCUAUUACAAUCAGCAUUAGGAGGGAACAGUAGAACCAUUAUGAUUGCUGCCCUUAGUCCUGCAGAUAUAAAUUACGAUGAGACCUUAUCCACACUCAGAUAUGCUGAUCGUGCAAAGAAAAUCCAAAAUAAAGCAGUUAUUAAUGAGAGUCCAACUGAUCGUAUGAUCCGAGAGCUGAAGGAAGAGAACGCAAAACUUAUGGCUUUGAUCAAAAAGAGUGGUCUUGGUGGAGGCCAUGGCCUGAAUAAAGAAGCAACUGAAGAGGAGAAUUCCAGUGAAGAGUUAGAAAAGAUGUUGAAAGAAAAUGAAAGGAAAAUGCAGGACAUGCAGCUUACAUGGGAACAAAGAUUAGAACAGGCUAGAAAAGAUUGGGAAAGAUCAAAAGUGUCCUCUCCUUCAAGUGGCGACCAGAAAAAAGAUUGGGAGACUGUGCCCUACUUAACAAACAUCAAUGAAGAUCCAAUGUUAUCUAAUGUCAUUAAACAUUGUUGCUAUAAAGGAACAACAUUAUUGGGUAAGACUGGAAACCCAAAAGUCAAAAUUGAGGUUCGAGGACUGGGAAUACAACAGUCCCAUGCUGAACUUAUAAACAUAAAUGACAAGGAGAUGUUCUUAGAACCUUGUUCCAAAUCAGCAAAGAUAUUUGUUAAUGGUCAUAAGAUCAAAGCCAAGACCAAACUGGAACAUUUAGACAGAUUAAAGUUUGGUUCCAGCUGUUUAUAUCAGUUUGUUGGUUUUCCUAAGGAAAGAAAAGCCAGUGAUCCAAUGGAUCGAUACAAUUUUGAUUAUUUUAUGAUGGAGUUGGCAGAACAUGAAGGUGUUGCCAUGGAUAUCCAAACCCCUCGUGUCCAUGAGUCUACAGAAAACAUACGUUCAGUGAUGGUAUUCCAGGAAUUUAUGGAUUUGAUGCCACUCGUAUCUGAAGCUAAUGCUAUCAGUGAGGAACUCAAAAAGAAUGUUAUAUUGGAUGCUGAGGUUAAAAGUGAAGCUAGUCAUGAUCCAAAAGGUCAAGCAACAGGGAAAGAUGUCAUUAUAAAAGUCACAAAUAAAAAGACAAACAAGGUAUGGAUUUGGUCAAAAAGUAAAUUUUUACAUCGAAAGGAUUUAAUGGAUGAAAUGUAUGUUCGAUGGAUGGAUGGAGAAAAUGUGAUUGUUAAAAGAGACAAAGAUCCAUUUUGGGAUCCUGUGGAAGAUGUAUUCCUUGGAAGUGCCCAUAUUCUACUUCAAAGUUUGUCAUAUUGUGUAGAGGUAGAUGAACAUUUUACAUUACAUAAUUAUCACGGAAAAGAGGAGGCAGUGACCCAGGUGAAACUGUUACCCUGUGAUAGUAAGGGACAGCUGUGUAGUGAAGAUGAGAUUAUAGAACCACAUGAGAUGAUAGGAAAACCAUUCAAUAUGAUAUUUAUGUUACCACAAUGUAUGGGUAUCCGAUGGACCAUGGAGAAUCAGUCUAGAGGCAUUUACUGCAGAACAAAGUUUUACAAUCAGCAGAAUAUUAUCAGUACACAGACCGUGUGGGGUAAAAGUUACGCAGAUCUCAAAAUGAGGCAACAAAUUACAAUAAAAAAAGUCACAGAAGAUUUUCUGAGGUAUCUCCAGUCAGAUUCUAUGGUAUUAGAACUGUGGGGUACUCAAGUUGAUGAAGAUAAGCAACUACCCACCAUGACAAAUGGCCAUAGUAAUGGUUCAUCAGAUGAUGGUAAUGAUAUGUUGACACAGUUACAAAGAAGGGAGGAAGAAAUAGAAGGCUUACAUGAAGUCUGUGAUACACUGAAGAAAGAAAAUUUUGGUUUACUAAAAAAGUUGGAAACACAGAAACAAGCUACAGCAAUCGCCAAUUCUAGAAGAAGUAGUACAGCUGGGACACGGAAAGAAGAAAGACCUGGAUUAGACGUAGAUCUUGCCAAAUCAUUGAAAAAUUUCUUUAAAGAUAUCAAAUUUGUUCAACACAAUAUACAACAAAUGAAACAAAAUGUUGAUGAAGUAAGACAAAGUAAAGAACAGAAUGGUAAUCUGCUGACUGCAUUGGAACUCCAACAAAAACAGUUACAUGAUGUAGACCUCAAACUUAAUGAAAGUGUUAGAUCGUUAAAAGAAAGUGUUGCAAAUGUUAUUAAAAAAUCCAAAUCGUGAUAUAUAUAUAUAUAUAUGGAGCAAUCUCAGGUGUAGAUGGUCUUUCAAAAAGAUCACAGUUAAAUCCACAAUGGAAGACACUGGUAUACAGCAUUUGUGAUAUAUUUUCAUUCCUCAUGCGAUCGUCAAGUUGUGCAGACAUGUGGUAGCUAUCUGACAAUCAUCACACUAGUUCCAACAAACGUAAAGCUGACGAUGACCAGUAUUAUAUAUAUAUAAUAUAUACAUAUUUUGCCAUCAGUAGUUUCAUUCUGGGGACUUCUGUAUUGCAUUAUCAGAUGGACUAUGGGGCUUUAUGCAAUAAAUCGUUGAUCAUAAAAUAUUUGCAAUAAUUCCACUCUCAUUCAUUCAUUUACAAUGCACGGUACUGUGCAGUUAUAAUCACUUUUUGUUGAUAUUAAGUUCAUUUUACUUUUUAUGCUAUGGAGUAUUAUUAACGGUCUUAAGGAUGUUUGCUCUUCUUGUUUUUGUCGAGCCUGCGACUUUUGUCGCAGAAUGCUCGACAUAGGGAUAGUGAUCUGGCGGCGGCGUUAGCUAACUUCUUAAAAGCUUUAUAUUUUAGAGGGUGGAAGAUCUGGAUGCUUCAUACUUUGUAUAUGGAUGCCUCAUGUUACGAAGAUUCCGUCAGUCACAUGUCCAAUGUCCUUGACCUCAUUUUCAUGGUUCAGUGACUACUUGAAAAAAAAGUUAAGAUUUUUUGUAAUGUUAAAUUCUCUCUUAUUAUAAGUAAUAGGAUAACUAUAUUUGGUAUGUGCGUACCUUGCAAGGUCCUCAUGCCUGUCAGACAGUUUUCACUUGACCUCGACCUCAUUUCAUGGAUCAGUGAACAAGGUUAAGUUUUGGUGGUCAAGUCCUUAUCUCAGAUACUAUAAGCAAUAGGACUAGUAUAUUUGGUGUAUGGAAGGACUGUAAGGUGUACAUGUCCAACUGGCAGGUGUCAUCUGACCUUGACCUCAUUUUCAUGGUUCAGUGGUUAUAGUUAAGUUUUUGUGUUUUGGUCUGUUUUUCUUAUACUGUAUGCAAUAGGUCUACUAUAUUUUGUGUAUGGAAUGAUUGUAAGGUGUACAUGUCUAGCUGGCAGGUGUCAUCUGACCUUGACCUCAUUUUCAUGGUUCAGUGGUCAAAGUUAAGUUUUUGUGUUUUGGUCUGUUUUUCUUAUACUGUAUGCUAUAGGUCUACUAUAUUUGGUGUAUGGAAUGAUUGUAAGGUGUACAUGUCUAGCUGGCAGGUGUCAUCUGACCCUGACCUCAGUUUCAUGGUUCAGUGGUCAAAGUUAAGUUUUUGAGUUUUGGUCUUUUUUUCUAAUACUAUUUGCAAUAGUUCAACUAUAUUUGGUGUAUGGAAAUAAUUUAUGAUCUUUAUGUCAGUCUUGCAGGUUUUAUUUGACCUUGACCUCAUUUUCAAGGUUCAUUGCUCAGUGUUAAGUUUUUGUGUUUUGGUUUGUUUUUCUUAAACUAUGAGCAAUAGGUCAACUAUAUUUGUUGUCUGGAAAAAUUGUUAGCUGUACAUGCCUGCCUAGCAUGGUUCAUCUGACCUUGACCUCAUUUUUAUGGUUCAUUGGUCAAUGUUUAGUUUACUUGGUUAAUGUUAAGUUUAUGUGACAGUUUUAAUAAAGCUUUAUAUUUAGGUCUAUCAACAUAAUGUCAAUGAUUAGUAAAGAAGGCGAGACAUUUCAGCGUGUGCACUCUUGUUGAAUUUUGCAAGAUAUUCAGAAUUCUCUGGUUUUAUCACUAAAGUGCCAUUAUAAAUUUUACCCGCUAAAACCUAUUUUUCUUUUCAUAAUUUUAUUACAUAUAGUUUAAAAAACCAUAUUUGAUAAUAUUAUGAUAUCCAUGUUAUUUUUUCAUAGUUUUUGAACGAAAAAAGGGCACAAAGUUAAAUGUAUGAAAAAUCUAGAGAGAGCUAUUUCCCGCCAAAUUUUCAAUGGCUUAUAUCUUGAAAACAAGCACACGGACCCAUCAUUUUUUUUUUUGCUUUUUUAUUUCCUUUAUUUAUAUACUAUCAAUCUGUAACAGUCUUUUAAAAAGCUUGUUAGCAAACAUCCUUAAAAUAAUCAAGUUUGAAUGAAAUUGUAGAUGUAACAUAUGCUCCUGGUUUUAAUCUUAAAAUAUUCUGACUGUGUACAUAAAUCAGGCCAUUAGUUUUCUCGUUUGAAUUGUUUUACAUUUGUCAUAUUGGGGUCUUUUAUAGCUGACUAUGUGGUACAGAUUUUGCUCAUUGUUGAAGGCCGGACAGUGACCUAUAGUUGUUUACUUCUUCCUUUGGUCUCUGGUAGAGGGUUGACUCAUUGGCAAUCAGACCACAUCUCCUUAUUUUUAUAAAUAUUCUUUUUCAGUAAUGCUGUAGAAAAUGUAACAUAUGUCAUCCUUUUUUCUGACUAUUAUAAAUAAUAAGAAAUGAAAAUAAAACCUGUCAAAGAUAAACAUAUUGUCCUUUGAAUUUGAUAAACCAGGAUUGUUUUAAGGAUGGGGUCAUAAUAGCAAUAAUAUUAGAUAAAAGUAGAAAAGCUUGAUUUUUUGUCUCGCCUUGACGGAGUCUUUUAAGUCAUGUUUCAUUGACUUUGAAUAUUUUGCAUAACUUACAUGGUUAAAGUAUUGCUAUUUUAAUUUCAACAUUUGCAUUUUAUUAUCAAAAUAAUAAAGAGGUGAGACAUAUCUCUGUGUUAACAGUUUAUUUAAGAACAAAUUGAAGUAAACAUAUUGGUUUUUAUAUAUUUUUUAGAUUUUAAGUUAGUUGAUGCCUACUUUACCACCCACUCUUAAAUUACAUCUGUUUACUGUACUUUCUUUUGAAUUGCUAGAAGAAGAUUUUUGUUUAUUUAAAGUGAAAUAUUUUAUGUUGCUGUUGGUAGCUAGGAAGGGGACACUUACUGGUACUAUGUAAUGAGUGGUAGGGAUGAGCCCCUAGAACAGGUCACUAUUUCAAGCUUCAUGAUUUAUGGUAAGGUUGAGAAAUAAAGAUACAAUAUAUGACAAGGUUGCUGAUUGAUCAUUAAUAUGUUAAACUAAUCAGAUGCCAAUUUUGUUCACUGAAGCAAUUAAAACAAGUCGCUAAUGAGUCAGAUAUUUGUCAAAUCUAUUUAUAUCUCUGUGAAAUAGUGUAAUCAUGAUCUGAUAUAUGUAUAUACCAUUAAAAUGGAAGUAGUUAAUUAUAUAUUAGGGAUAUUCACCAUCAUGACGCUGAAAAUGGCAAUUCAAACAAACAUACCUCUAAGGCAGGAAGAAUUUUUUACUGGACUAAUCGGUUUUUUUUUUCAUCUGUUACUGUGCAUGCUUACUUUUAUUUCCAUGGCUUUGCUGUUUUUGCACACAUUUGUUUCCUGCAUUUGUGUUGUAAAAUAUCCGUUUUCAUCCUGUUCUUUGCAAAGUUAUUUAUUUUCAGUUCUUACCAGUCCAAGUUAUUCAUUUUCAAAAUCCUGCACACACACACACACCACUCCGCUCAACCCACCCCCAAUAUGUAAAUAAAGAAUACUUCAGCUGUCUCAAAAGGAACUUGUGGGUAUUUUUCUGUCUCUAAAACCAAGAUUAUAUAUGCCGGUAAUCAAACUGUUUCUUGGAAUAUUGUUAUUUAAUAUUAUGGAAUUUAUGUUAUUCAAGUGCUAAUAUUCAAAUACUCUAUUGAUAUAAGAAAAAAGAAUGUUACUGACUUUCCGUCCAUAGCAUAGUAUUUAUCUGCAUCUCCAUGCAUUUUUCAUUAGUUUGAUGGAAACUGAGGUACUGGAAAUUCGUGAAAUUAUUGCAAAAAAUGCAACAGUAUGUGGUUUUGAUUCAUCAAAGAAUUUUCACUUUAUAUAAUUAACAUAAAAUGAUAGAAUUUAAACCCUUACCUUUCUUGAUGAUAAGUAUGAUACUUUUAUUUUAAAUUAUAUUUGAAUGUGUAUACAUUUAACUCUUUCAAUGAAAAUUUUAGAAAAAUCUAACUUUGCCCUUAAAUUGCAUGAAAUAUGAAAUAUUUGUUGCUGGACGUUAAGCAACCAACAAUUGAUCAAUCAAUCUUGCCUAACUGCCUCAUAUAUGAUUAUAAGGAGUAUUUCAUUUAACACUGCUGAUUUUAAGAUACUAUUUUAACUGAAAGUGCUAGCAGAUAUCCUUAUAUAACAUUGUGAAAGCAGAUUGUAAAUUCAGAAAUUAUUGUGAUGUUUUUAUUAAUGCAAAAAAAUGCUACAGUAUCAGAUUCGCAAUUAUGAAAACUCGCAUUCGUAAUUUCUGUAGUGAUAUUCCUUCAUAAAGUUUUUGAAAGGAUUAAUUAGAGUUCAUGUUUUUGCCAAUGGCCAAGGAUUCGUAAUAAUUAAUGCACACAUUAAUUUCUGAAUUUACAGUAAUUAAUGGCUGCACUGAUUCUAUCAUUGAGCCUUAAAUUUGCAAAUCCGUCCUAAUUUUCAACCUCUAUGCUUUUGUUGUUUCAAGUCAUUUCAUAUUUACAAGAUUAUUUAUUAUACAUAUUAUUUUUUCUUUCCGUCCAUUUUAAGCAUUUUUAUUUUGUGGUGAAGGACUCGCAUUGUUUGUUUCUUGAUAUAUGAAUUAUAAUACAUAAUUUGUGAAUAUGUUUACCUAUAUUUAUAUAUAUUUCACUGAUGUGCAAUCGUUACAUAGUUGAUUAUGCAUUCAUUUCACAGAAUUGUUUAUGUAUUGUUAAAAAUUUAAAGUUUAUUGGACAAAGAAACAUUAAAUGAUUAAAAAAACAGCUAAAUUA